UCCGCCCCUGCCGAAUGUCGAUUGGCUGUAGUGCCCAGAGACGACCCUCCCAUUGGCUGGGCUGAGCUGAGCGUCUGUCUGGUUCGGCGCCCCGGGGAGGCUGGCGCGCGGCCGCCCCCGGCCGGAGGAGAUGGUGCGGUUCAAGCACAGGUACCUGCUGUGUGAGAUCGUCUCCGAAGACCCCCGCUGCCGGCAGUGCAUCGACGAGCGGGCGGUGGGCGCGGCGGCGAAGGACGCCGUUGCCCGGACCCACGGGGACUACGGCCUGGCCUGCUGCUCCAUCGCCUUCACAGUGAAAUAUCUCAAUGCCUAUACAGGCAUAGUUCUCUUGCGUUGCCGAAAGGACUUCUACAGGCUCCUAUGGUCAGCUCUUCCCUUUGUCACUUACUUGGAGAACAGGAACCAGCGUUAUUCCUGUUUCUUCAACACACUACAUGUUGGAGGGACAAUAAGAACAUGUCAGAAGUUCCUUGUUCAGUACAAUAGGAAACAGCUGCUGCUAUUAUUGCACAACUGCACCAGUGAAGAGGAAAGAGAGUCCAUCCAGAAGUCAGUGUUAAGCUGUUGCCUUAAGGAAGUGGAGGAGGAGCAGUCUCAAAGUGGGGAUGAAGACGACUGUGCAGAGACAGACUGAACAUAAACCUAAAACUAGUGCAGUGCCUUCUGAGAGACAAGCAGAUAACUUUCAGUUAAAAGAUAUCCUGGGCUUUUUGUCCUGUGCUGAGCAGAUAAGGAUCAAGGCAUCUUGUGCCCCACUUUUUUAAAUAUAUUUGAUUUUUUGGAAAUAAAGCAAAGGGUAAAAUGUU